GGAAAAGGUCUUGCCAGCAGAGAGCGCUCCUGCAUCAUGGAAUGCAUUAAGAACUCAAUUUUCAGGAAGCUCUCAUUUCCUCCUCUCCCCCUUUCUCCUAUUUAUUUCUGCUCUCCACCUCAUUCCCUCUUUCUCUGGGGCCUUUCUGCUGCUCCAGCGAUCUGGCUGGGGCACUCUUUGCCUGGAGACUGGCUUCCAAAGCAAGUUCCCUAAUGUUGAAGGUUUUUGUGGCUGGAAUAACUGGGCUGUUGUGAGUUUUCUGGGCUGUACGGCCAUGUUCCAGAAGAUCCCUGGAUCGGCUGAGCGGAGCAGACCUGCACCCAGCAAGACCUAGAUUUUGGCCGCUGUCUCUGGGGGGUUCCUUCUGAAAAGAGCCAUCUUCAGCCCAUGAGAACUAAGCCUUCCAGCAUUUGGCUUCGGAAGAUCUGUGUCACUGACCUCUGGUGCAAUGGUCUUCUCUCCUAGGAUAUCCGGAAUUGGCAGAGAGCUUAGCAAACAAACUGUGUUUUUAAAGGUACUCUUGAUAAGAAGCCACACAGAAGAUUGACCAGGACUUGCAGCUGAGAUGCACAAGCAGCAUGGAGAGGCCUUUCCACUACAGAGGAAGGAAGGGAAGAGCUCCAGAUGGAAACCCAGUCCUCCAGAUCCAUCCUCCCAACAGUUUCAAUUUGGUGUGGGCACAUUAUUGGUUGUGGGGGUCUUUGUGGCUGCAUGGUGUGGUUGCAUGGUUGCUCUGAAGAAGACAGAAUGGUUGAAGGGGAAGCUGGACUUAAUGCAGGAUGGAUUUUCCCUCAAAAGCCAGAAUGGAGAGGAGGUGGUCUUCAGGCAGGUCUUCCAGUCGGGGCUCCUGGACCUGGAGUCUUGCUUUGAGGAUGAGGACAUUGUGACCUGUUCUGGGAUGGACCCAGGGAAGUGCCGUUUUGCCAUCCAGAUGGUCAGGCCUGAGAAAGCAAUGGUCUGUUACCAUGUCACUUGGGAGGAGAUGGUGGCUAACUCAACCGUGGAACACAAGAUGUUCUGGGGAGAUGCCCACUGGUAUGGUGGCUAUGAGAUGAGCAUCCAACACUGGCCCAUUUGGCUACCGGCCGAUCAGGAACCCAUGCCCUUUGUAACCAGCGAUGUGUAUUCUUUCCGAAACAGCUUUGGGGGCGUCCUGGAGCGGUACUGGCUCUCCUCCAAAGCGGUGGCCAUUAAGAUUAACGAUUCUGUGCCCUUCCACUUUGGGUUCAAUGCCACCGAAAGGUCUCUUACCUUCCAAGCCAGGUAUGAAGACUCUCCCUACAAGCCCGCAUUGGGACGGUCGCCUUUCCCAGAGCUGAGUUACCACAUCUGCAUAGGUCCAGACCUUACUUCGGUCCACAAAUACAUGGCACAAAGCUAUUUCAAAAAGCCCUUGAAGGUGCCUUCAGAAAAGAUGUUCAGGCUUCCGGUCUGGUCCACAUGGGCCUUGUACAAAAAAGAAGUGGACCAGGAUAAAGUUUUGGAAUUUGCCCAAACAAUACAGAAGUAUGGUUUUGGAUAUAGCCACCUCGAGAUAGAUGACAUGUACAUGCGGCAUUAUGGAGACUUUGAGUUUGACUCCUCAAAGUUUCCUCGUGUAACAGAAAUGUUUGAGAUACUGAAGAGGGAUGGGUUUAGUGUUACUGUCUGGAUACAUCCCUUUGUGCACAAGGAUUCCCCAAACUUUGAGGAGGGGAAGAGAAGAGGGCUUUUUGUCACAGAGGCAAUGGGGACCUCUCCUGCCAUGGUGGAAUGGUGGAACGGCAUUGGCACCGUAUUAGAUGUCACCAAUCCUGCAGCUAGAGAUUGGUUUCAGAGCCAGUUGGGGUGGCUUCGCUCCAAGUAUGGCAUUUCAUCCUUCAAAUUUGAUGCUGGCGAAACAUGUUACCUUCCUGCCCAGUUCAGAACCUUCCAGCCUUUAUCUGACCCCAGCGUUUGGUCCAGACUUUAUGCCGAAAUGGCUAUUCCUUUCUAUGAGAUGUCAGAAGUCCGGGUUGGAUACCAAUCCCAGCAUGUUCCUUGUUUUGUCCGUGUUAUUGACCGAGACUCCAUUUGGGGUUAUGAACUGGGACUCAAGUCCCUCAUACCUACAGUCUUGACUCUGGGCCUGUUGGGAUACCCUUUUGUACUACCGGAUAUGAUCGGCGGGAAUUUUCUUCCCAACAAGACGGAGGGUGCAGUAGAGAUCCCAGACCGGGAGCUGUACAUCCGCUGGCUGGAGCUCUCAGCCUUCAUGCCCUCCAUGCAGUUCUCCAUCCCUCCCUGGCUUUAUGAUCAAGAAGUUGUCAACAUUGCCCUCAAGUUCACCAAGCUGCAUGAGUCUCUGGUGGCACCGCUCUUGCUGGAGUUGGCCGGGGAGGUCACGGACACCGGGGACCCCAUCAUCCGCCCCAUCUGGUGGAUCUCACCCAACGACAAGUCCACCCACAAAAUAGACUCUCAGUUCCUCAUCGGGGACACCCUCAUGGUAGCUCCCGUCCUGGAGAUGGGCAAGCAAGAGCGGGAUAUCUACAUCCCGGCCGGCAAGUGGCGGAGCUACAAAGGAGAGCUCUUCGACAAGACACCCAUGUUGGUCACUGACUAUCCUGUCGACUUGGACGAAGUUGCCUAUUUCGUCUGGGUGUCCUAACAAAUGGUCACCUGCGGUUCACAGACUCUUACAGCGGCCAGGUUUUGUGGAUACACCCUUGUCUUAGUCUAAGAGAAAUUAUAUUUAUUACAAUAAAUAACAACAACAAUGUUGUAACUAGUGUCACUCCAUAAAGGUACCGAAACAUACCUGUCUGGAAGAAAUAGAAAAUAGAAAAGUAUAAUUUGGGAGAUGGAUUGGAUGCAGUCCAAAGGAAACAUGUGUAGAAUGUUACCUGGAACAUAACUCAGUAAUAAACCUGGGAAGCUGUCCAAGGGUUCACAGGGCUGCCCAUUGGGUGGGCUCCUUCCCAGACACUUGCAGCAGUUUAAGGCAGUUUAGCAUUUUGGAACAAAUCCCACAUUAGGGAGAUGUCAUAACCGUAAGAACUAAAAGUUCUUUUGGUAAUGUUGAGGUGACAAAUGGCGACAUGGAUGGGUACUGGGUGUGAGCACAUCAAAUGGCAGGGGGGAACCAUAAGAUGUAAUUGGGAUGCAAUAAUGGUGAAUUACUCCUAGCCUUCCCAUUCACUGGAAAUGAGAAGAUCAGUGUGAUUUAUCAUCCUGGGUUUUAAAAAAGCACAAUACUCGCUCCAACAGGGCACACUGAUACUAAACAAGUUUUUGCAGACAAAUGAGUGAAGGAAAGAAAGGCAAGCGUGUGAGCCCGUGGCACCCUGUUUGUUUAUAUAGUACAUGGACACCAUAUUGCCGGUGAUAAUGGUUUGUCCUUGUAGAAUGUGUUGCUCAAAGUCCUUUCAAUUUCAAGGACUUCGAGGUAGUUGAUGUGUCUUUGCGUGCUCCUCUCAAAGAGACUUCUUGCCAUUGUGUUCUUUCUCAUCAUAGAUGGAAUAAUCUGCUCCUGUUAUUAAAGUCGCUGGUGAUCAAUGUUAACGAGCAAUUUAGAGCAGCAUUGGAUAGUGAGAUCCAAGCUGUGGGUUAAGCCUGGUGAGAAACAGAAGCCAAUAAUUUCCAGAAUAUAACUCACCAAGUCGAAGCAGAAGCCACCAAGGAAUUUUAUUUAAUUUCAGCUGAAAGUGAUGCUAGUUCGCCAAAAAUAGACUUGAGAUGGGAAACAAUUAGAAGAGUUGUUAAUUCUUUGGCUUGGGUGUGGCUCAGACAGAAAAAGUCAAAUAACUUUUGUGACAUGGUUUCCAGUAAUAAAUUUGUUACCUUCUGCUAUAAAUAUAUGAAAUAUAUAUAGGAUAUAAAGCCUUGAUUAAAUGUACACACUAUCUUACA